AUGGCACCUCGUGGAGACGCAGACGCCGACAUGCUGGUCCACGGCCGCGCCCGUCGCAGCACGGCCGGCAACCGCAUGAAGGCGCUGCUGGAACAGGAGCUGGAACGAGACGAGCUCUUUGAAGAGGUCGAGGACGACAUCGACUUCGAGGCGCAAGAGGAGCAGGACGUAUUUGACUCCGACUUUGACCGCGACAGCUCCGACGGACAAGGCGGUGGAGAGAGCGACGAUGAAGAGGCCGGAGAGAGGAGGCUCGAGGAGGCUGAGCGCGCAGAGAGGAAGGCCAAGAGGGCAAAGGCCGUGCCCGUCCACGUCCGCCGUCCCGCCAUACGUCCACCACCUCCGAAGCCUGCGAGGAGGGAAAGCGACAGGCGGAGAGAAGACCAGCAGGCUGCAGAUCACGACGACGGCGGCGACGGCGAGGCCUCGUCCCGACGAGGAUCCAAGCGGCGCCGCAUCGCCUUUGCACCCUCGCACGCCGACCCGUCAUCAACCGCCAACACGUCAGAAACCGGCUCGCCAGGCCCGCGCAGCCUGCGCACCAGCAGCCGCAGCGCCACCGUCCAGAACAAGCUCGAGGUCGAGGAAAAGCUGCGCGAGGCACAAGAGCGCAAGGCCGCCCUCCCCGUUCGCCACGCACCGAAACGACGACCUCAGCUUACCCAGGACGCCCUGAUCGCAGAGGCACUCGAGACAGAGGAGAAGAACCGCGAGAGCCUGAAGAAGUUCCUACAGCAGGAAGAAGCGCGGCGGGCCAAGGACAGGGUGAGGAAGGAGCGGAUACAGGGCCCUUUCGUACGCUGGGUCAGCGUUGGACUGAGGCCUCUGCUCGUUUCCAGCUCAACCUCAACGCAAGCGGACGAGACGAACGAUGACGACAGCAAGGACGAUCAAGGGAGACAGCCCAAGGACAAUGACCAGGCAGAGAGGACAGACGCUGCGCGCAGCCAGACGCAAUCCAAGGACGAGCAAGGUGACGAAGAGCGAAUGGAUGUUGACGAGCACAGACAAGACGAGCCCGAGAGAGCGACAGAGACCGCCAUCAUCAAUCCCGUUCACGACGACCAGAGGCCCCGCACGUCGCAAGAGGCCACUGCAGCAUCGAACCAAGCCGAACAGGCUGCUGUAUCUGAACGUGCCAUCGACAAGCAGCCCUCCGAGGAACCCGGCACGCCCCCGCUCCCAGCAACACUGCAACCAACAGAAGCUGUCCCGCCAGCACCAUCGACACCAGCACCAGCAACUCCCAUGCCAACGCAACCGUCCCUCGCCACCGCAAUAGAUCUCACAGAGGAUCCUGCUGUGGCCGCUCGGGCAGAAGCUUUGAGGCUCAAGGCGCAGCAGGACGCACGUCAGGCCUCUUCCUCCGGCCCGGUCCAGCUAACGGGCAGCGCCCAGCCUACCUCGAUCUCCGACAAAGCAGCAGCAGCAGCAACAGUCGGCGACGACUCUGCUGCGCAAAAGUGGGGGCCGCUGCAAGCGCGCACCGUCCUCUCUGUCGAACGGACACCAGAGGACUGGACGUGGGAGGACGACUUCCGGGUGCUGCUGGGCGACCACUGCUCGUGGUCCUCUGUGCCCAUCGUACCGGCGCGCAACCGGCCGCUACGACCGCGCCAGUCGAUCUGCCCCAUCACCGGCCUGCCCGCCCUCUACCGCGACCCGCGGACGGGCAUCCCGUACGCCAACGCCAAGGCGUACAAGAUCAUCACCGACGUGCUCAAGAGCCGCUUCAUCUGGACCGGCCGGAGCGAGGAGGAGAUCGACGCACAGAUGGGCGACAAGGAGAGGCGGGCGCACGACGACGAUGGCGAGCGUGGCGGCAGGGACGACGACGGGGAGGAAGACGAUGGUGAUGCCCGGACCAGGGGAGCGGGCAAGGGCGGCGCCAGCGUCGUCGGAGCGUCGAUGCCCGCCGUCGAGUCGGAGCCGAGAGCAGAAAGAAGGACCAACGACCCUUCUCCGUCAGCGCCUUCCACGACCACGACGCCGGCGACGAAACCGCGGUACGAGAUGGUCUGGACUCCUGCCGUCGCGCCGGGCGAUGAGGAGGCCAUUAUGGCGGCUGCGGCCCAGUUACCUGCCGGAUCGACGAGGUCGGGUCGCAGAGGGGCACGGAAGACCUGA